GAGAUAUUAUUAAAACAUAGACAAGAGAGUUUGUCAGAGAACAAUGUUUAGAAUGUCUUGGUUUGUUGUGAUAAUGUUUGUGAUUGUAACAUUUGGUGCUUUUUCUGAGGCUGCAGCUCAUCAUCAUAAGAAACCUACUUCUGCUGUUGUGGUUGGUACUGUUUUUUGUGAUACAUGUUUUCAACAGGAUUUCUCUAUGGGAAAUCGUUUCAUUUCAGGUGCAUCUGUUGAAGUAGAAUGCAAAAACGGAGACACCAUUUCAAAACCAAGCUUCAAGAAACAAGUGAAGACAAACAAUCAUGGUGAAUUCACAAUCCAGCUUCCAUUCUCAGUGAGCAAACAUGUGAAGAGAAUCAAACAAUGCAUAGUAAAACUAGUAAGCAGCAAUGAACCAUAUUGCUCCAUAGCCUCAACAUCCACAUCUUCAUCACUUCACCUAAAAUCAAAAACACAAGGCCUCCACAUAUUCUCAGCCGGUUUCUUCUCAUUCAAGCCACUCAAACAACCAAACCUAUGUAACCAAAAACCAAGUAGUUUUGUUCUCGAUUCCUCGAAAAGAUCUCCGCUUCCUCCAAAUAUCGAUCCAUCUUUUCCACCUCCACUUCGAGAUCCAGACACACCUAGUAGCGGCGUUCUUCCUUUACUUCCGCCUAUUCCUUUAGCACCCGAAAUCCUUACACCAAUAUUGCCACCGGUGUUGUCACCAUUAGUACCGAGUAACGAGGAUGAAACAAAGGAAGUUGAAUCGUCAGAUGAAAAAGUAACCAACAUUGAUUCAUUUAACUUUCCUCCUAAUCCAUUUUUAUCGCCUCCAUUAGUCGCUAAUCCGUUUCAACCACCUCCAUUAGUCCCUAAUCCACUUCAACCACCAACUCAAACACCAUUAAUUCCUAAUCCAUUUCAACCUCCUCCAUUAGGAUCACCUUCACCAUUAUCUCCGCUUCCUCCAAAUAUCGAUCCAUCUUUUCCACCUCCACUUCGAGAUCCAGACACACCUAGUAGCGGCGUUCUUCCUUUACUUCCGCCUAUUCCUUUAGCACCCGAAAUCCUUACACCAAUAUUGCCACCGGUGUUGUCACCAUUAGUACCGAGUAACGAGGAUGAAACAAAGGAAGUUGAAUCGUCGGAUGAAAAAGUAACCAACAUUGAUUCAUUUAACUUUCCUCCUAAUCCAUUUUUAUUGCCACCAUUAGUCGCUAAUCCGUUUCAACCACCUCCAUUAGUCCCUAAUCCACUUCAACCACCAACUCAAACACCAUUAAUUCCUAAUCCAUUUCAACCUCCUCCAGUAGGAUCACCAUCACCAUUGUUUCCUUUUCCACCAACUUCAUCAUCACCACCACCAAGUUUGUCAUUUCCUUUUCCUCCAUUGUUCCCUCCACGUCCUCCUUCUUCAAAGAAUGUUUCUCCUUAGAUAAAUAGGAGAUAUCUAUUAUAUAUAUGCAUAAUAAUUUCUUAUAUGUAAUGAAGUUUUUAUUCAGUUAUAUUGAAUAUGGCAUGAUGUAUAACAUGUUUUAGUGACUAAUACUGAA